AACACCCAGCCCCGUGGUCUCUUCUCGUCACACGCACCGUCGCCAAAUUACGAUUCGCCCCUCCUCGCCCUGACCGCCGCGGGGUCCCCGCCCCGCCCCGGCGCCCGCGAUGGUCGACACGCGGCGGAGCUCCGCCAGGAAGCGCCCGCCGCCCGCCGCCUCCUCCUCCUCGGAGGAGGCCUCCACGCCGCCGCCCCCCGCCGCGGAGGACGCGCUCGCGGCCGCCAAGUCGCCCGUCCCCGCGCCCGCCCCUGCCCCGCAGGGGCAGGGGCAGGCGAAGCCCGAUUCCCGGCCCCGGACCCGCCCCAGCAAGCGAGCCAAGGCCCAGGGCGAGAAGACGCUGGCGGCGCAACCGCCCCCCGACGAGGCGGCCAAGGCACCGGGCCUUGUAGUAGAUGGCGCGUCGGACCCGACCCGGCGGCCCGUCCCGGCGUCCUCCACGGUGUCCAAUUCCACCGGAGCGAGGAAGAAGAGGACGCCCAGGCGCCCCCUCUCCCCAGAGGAGGCGACCGCGGAGGAGAUGGCGAAGUGGAAGACGAAGCACAGAGCCAGCGGACGGACUUUGGCCUGGGGGAGACUCAUUUCCCAAUCUGUUCAGUAUCCGACGAUUCCUAUUUAUUCUACCCAUUUUACUGUUGGCCACGGUGGCAAACAUGAUUUGAAAUUGACCGACUCAUAUCCUGGAGCACUUGUUUGCAAACUGAAGCAUGUUAGGAGGGGAGCUGCCCUUGAAGUCUUUGUAUCGAAAGCUGUCCAUGUAAAUGGGAAGGCCUUAGACAGGCCUUCUAAGGUUACCUUGACUGGAGGCGAUGAAGUUAUUUUUAGUUCGCUUGGGAGGCAUGCUUAUAUAUUUCAGCAGCUUCCAGAAGAAAAAUCAAGCACAUCGGCCUUGUCAUCUUCGUGUGUGUUUCCGCAAGGGCAGUAUCCAGUUAUCGGAGGCACACUGGAUCAGUUAUCAUGUAAAAGGACCAAGUUAUCAGUGCCAUUUAGUUUUGGAAAUGGCCGCCCUCCAUUAGUUCCUCAUGAUACAGAGAUAGUCAGCAGUUUAUGUAAAACAAUGGAGGAGCAGGGCCAGUUUUCUUCUGAAGAAAAUGUACCAUUUGCUCAACAUGAACUAUUAAAAGAAGAUCUGAAGAAUGCAAUUGUUAGCGCAAGUGAUAUAUCAGAGUCAUUUGAUAGUUUCCCAUAUUACCUGAGUGAGAAUACCAAAAGUUCUCUCCUGACACCGGCACAUGUAAAUUUGUGUUGUAAGAAUGCCAUGCAGUGGACAAAAAAGAUAUCUUUCAUUUCUCAACGAGUAUUAUUAUCUGGUCCAGCAGGGUCUGAGAUAUACCAAGAAACAUUGGUGAAGGCUCUGACCAAAUACUUCAAUGCUAAUCUGCUCGUCGUAGAUUCAUCGUUGCUGUUGGGUGGACAGUCAUCGAAGUCAAAGGAAUCAGUGGCGUACAAAAAAGGUGAUAGAGUGAGAUACAUUGGUUCUUCGCAAUCAACAAAGAUCCUUGAAGGACCAAGAGCUCCCGAUUAUGGUUCACAGGGUGAAGUGCGACUUUCUUUUGAGGAAAAUGCAUCCUCAAAAGUUGGAGUCAGAUUCGACCAACCGAUUCCUGGCGGCAUUGAUCUUGGGGGCAGUUGUGAGGUUGAUCACGGUUUCUUCUGUUCAGUCGAUUAUUUGUGCCUUGAUGGUCCAGGAUGGGAAGAGAGAGCUAAACAUCCAUUUGAUGUAAUAUUUGAGUUUGUUUGUGAAGAACGCGAGCAUGGUCCUCUUAUCCUAUUUCUGAAGGACGUUGAAAAAGUGUGUGGGAACAGUUACUCGUAUCAUGGUCUAAAGAGUAAGCUUGAAAGUUUUCCAGAGGGUGUUUUUAUUAUUGGGUCUCAGAUCCAGGCAGACACUCGGAAAGACAAGCUGAACAAUGGGUCUCCUUUCCUUAAGUUCCAGUACAGCCAAGCAGCCAUACUUGACCUUGCGCUCCAGGAUGGCUUUGGCCGAGUGAAUGAUAAAAACAAAGAAGCAGUGAAGACUGCGAAGCAUGUCACUAAGGUUUUCCCUAGUAAAGUGACAAUACAGCCACCGCAGGAUGACUUGGAAUUAUCACGGUGGAAACAACUAUUAGAUCAUGAUGUCGAAAUUCUGAAGGCAAAGGCUAACAUUUCAAAAGUUCAAUCUUUUCUAACUCGCCAUGGUCUGGAAUGUGCUGAUGUAGAGACAACACUAUGUGUUAAAGAUCGAACUCUUACAAACGAAUGUGUUGAUAAAAUAGUUGGUUACACUUUGAGUCAUGAAGUUAUGAAUUGUACUGUUCCAACUCCUGGAAAGGAUGCGAUUGUUGCUCUUUCUGGUGAAAGCCUUCAGCAUGGGGUUGAUUUGUUGGAAAGCAUGCAAAAUGACCAUAAGAAAAAGAACACAAAGAAAUCACUCAAGGAUGUUGCCACAGAGAAUGAAUUUGAAAAAAGGCUUCUUAGUGAUGUUAUCCCUCCAAAUGAGAUAGGUGUUACCUUUGACGACAUUGGAGCGCUAGAGAAUGUCAAGGACACUUUGAAGGAAUUAGUGAUGCUUCCAUUACAAAGGCCAGAGUUGUUCUCCAAGGGACAACUUAUGAAGCCAUGCAAAGGAAUAUUACUUUUUGGUCCACCUGGUACGGGGAAGACCAUGCUUGCUAAAGCUGUUGCAACAGAGGCUGGUGCUAACUUCAUCAACAUAUCAAUGUCAAGCAUUGCCUCUAAGUGGUUUGGCGAGGGAGAAAAAUAUGUGAAAGCUGUGUUCUCACUUGCAAGCAAAAUUGCACCUAGUGUCAUUUUUGUGGAUGAGGUUGAUGGCAUGCUGGGUAGACGUGAGAACCCUGGGGAACAUGAAGCUAUGCGUAAGAUGAAAAAUGAAUUUAUGGUGAACUGGGAUGGUCUGAGAACAAAAGCUAAAGAACGUGUAUUAGUACUUGCUGCGACAAAUAGGCCAUUUGAUCUUGAUGAGGCUGUUAUUAGGAGGCUCCCAAGGAGAUUGAUGGUGAAUUUACCAGAUGCAACCAAUAGGAAAAAGAUUCUUAGCGUAAUACUAUCCAAAGAAGAGUUGGCAGAUGAUGUAGAUCUGGAGGCACUGGCCAACUUGACUGAGGGGUAUUCAGGCAGUGAUCUGAAGAAUCUGUGUGUUACUGCUGCACAUCGUCCAAUAAGGGAAAUCCUUGAAAAAGAGAAGAAGGAGAGAUCCUUAGCAGAAGCAGAAAAUAAACCCUUGCCUCCUAAGUAUUCUAGCAGUGAUGUCCGUUGCCUAAAUUUGAGUGAUUUUAAGCAUGCGCAUGAGCAGGUAUGUGCAAGUAUAUCAUCCGAUUCAACAAAUAUGAAUGAGCUUAUUCAAUGGAACGAUCUCUAUGGCGAAGGCGGAUCUAGGAAGAAGACACCUCUAAGCUACUUCAUGUAGGUUAUGAGUAGCCUGUGUACAUACAACAGAAGUAUUAGCAUGAAGCGACCAAGAUAGACAACAAAUAGCUCUUGUCGUCUUUGGUUGAUAGGCAAUUGUCGAGUUUAUUAGUUUCAAUCUUUAUUGAUGCCAAAUGGAAGUUCCAACAAAAUAAUAUAGGGCCGAUUGGUCCCAUCCUUCUCCCCCAUCCAUACCUUGUCAAACCUGUGUGUAGCCUUAACCUCAGCAUCAGAACAGUUCGGUUAAUUUUGUGACUGCAGUCAGAGUCGGUGCAAACUCAUUUAAUCAACACAUGGAUGUUUUAUAUU